GCACGCGCAGCAGAGAGCCGCCGCUACGCAGGCGCACUGCGGCCUGCCGCCGGGAUUAGUGGAGCUCAGGUGCCCUGCGGGAGGGCGGGCGCGCUCCGGGCGCGCUCCAGGCGCGCGGGGAGCAAGGCGCGCGCCAUGGAACAGCGGUUAGCCGAGUUCCGGGCGGCACGAAAACGGACCGGGCUGGCGGCCGAACCCAGCACUUCGAGCCAAAGCGCACAAACCUCGGGAGAGAAAGCGGAAGCAGCUGCGACUUCAAAGCCAGCCUGGGGCUGGCUAAAACAGUUCCUGGUGUGGAAACCGAGGCCCGCGAGUGUCCGGGCUCAGCCCAACCUCGCUCAGGAAGCGGCUCAGCCUGGGAGCAGCGCCUCACCGCCCCCACGGAGCACAGCCGUUCCCCCGCCAUUGCCACGGGACCAGUCUUUCUGGACCAACGUCACCCUCUUGAAGGUUCUUCUCUGGUUGGUUCUGCUGGGACUGUUUGUGGAGCUGGAAUUCGGCCUGGCUUAUUUUGUCCUGUCCUUGUUCUACUGGAUGUACGUCGGGACUCGGGGCCCGGAGGAGAAGAAGGAGGGGGAGAGGAGCGCCUACUCUGUGUUCAACCCGGGCUGCGAAGCCAUCCAGGGCACCCUCACUGCAGAGCAGUUGGAGAGCGAGCUACUGUUCAGACCCCCGGAGGGGAGAUAGGACUGGGCUCUGCCGUCCCGCAGCGAGCCUUCCCCAUGACACUCCACGGCCCUCUGCGCCCGUGGGUGUGGACCGGUGUCACGCGCUCCAGAGGAAGAACAGCUUGGGGGUGACCUCGCGUGUCUCCCUUUCCCUGAUCUCCUGCUGCAAUUUUAUCUUUGAACUUCUCUUUGGUUUUGGUGGAACUCCCUGACAGACACUGUGGGUCUGAUGCAAUUUAUAAAAAUUACAUACUCAAGAGAGACCUGUUUGCCUCAUUCUUUUGAGAGAUGAUUUUAGAGCACUAGAAAGGCAUUGGGGAUAACUUUUAAAAUCUCCCGCCAUUUGUUGUAACGGUUAGGUACAUCAGGAUUGUAUAUUAUUAAAAGUAAAGGUUCUCUUUACAUCUCA